AUGACACGCCAGAUUCGUGUUCGGUUGGCGGCACAGCAAGUGAACUCACGCACUUUGUUGUGCAGGUUGCAUUUAAUUGCAAGGCGAUAACGACAUAUGGCGCGCAAUAAAUUGCUUCGAUUGGGUCGAGAAUAAUUAAUCUUUAAUUGUUUCUGCCUAAUUCGUUAGAUCUGGGAUUGUUUUGUGUAAGAUUGUCUCCUUAAUUUGAGUUUAAUCAGUUCUUAAUUUAGGUAAUUGUGAGUUCGAUCUGGUCGCUAAUUGCAACUUUUCAGGAUGUGCUCUUCGACGCCAAGACAAGAGAAGUCAUCAAGCUGGUGCUGCAUACGAACAUCCCCGGCCAUUACAACUUUGGCUUUUACUCGCGCGCCUUCUUCGAGAUUGAAUGCGUUGCUUCGGAGGACUUUGAAGAGGAUUCGGUUGUGAUUAAAACCGAUUCAAAGGUUGGUUUUGGUGUCUAAAUUGAGGUUUUGUUUAGCUGGUCGACUUCAUCAACAUAUUCGAGGACAAGACUCCGGUUGUAGUGAACCGAGCCCCGGGCAGUGAAGGCGAGAAUCCAUUUGGAUCCACCUUCUGUUACGGUACUGAUGGAACCAUCAUUGAGGUAGGGUAAUAUUGUAAACUUAUUUUAAAUAUGGUAAUGGAAAAAGUUGAAAUCUUAAAAAUUUAGACAAAAUUACAGUUCUGUUUGUUAAUAUAUUUUUGAUAAAUUACUAAUUUAAAAGAUUCUAAAAUAUAAACCAUGCCUUUUAGGUGCUGGACAACGGAUACAUAUCAAGUUUGACUCUUUACCGAGCUGGCCUCAGUCAAAAGAAUGACCGCCGAUCCGAUGACGAAAUUUCAAAAGACUCUCAAUCUUCAUAA